AUGGCUUUUCUCGGCUUUCGUAGGUUUCCUACACCGAUCGUAAAACCUAUGUGGCCUUUUAUGGCCAGCGCAUCUAUUACACUUUAUCUUCUUCACAAAAUUGAAAAAGCAGGACAGUCAGUUUCUCCAUAUGAUGUCGAUCCUCGCAAUCCACGGG